CAAAAUAACUUCAACCGCAUCUCUCUCGUUCUUUCAAAUCUCUCUCGUUCUUUCUCAAAUUUCGAUUUCAUCUUUCACCGAUCAACUCUAGAGUGUGUGUGUGUGUGCGUGUUUGGAAAGAGGAAGAUGGGGAACUUGCUCUCUGGAACUAAAGAACCGCCACCGUUGAUGGUGUUGGUUCCGCCGCUGUUCGAUUUCCCGCCGCUUUCAGCUCGUACCAGAAUGAUGGAAUCAUCAUACAAUGUACUAUUUGGAAAGCUUCCACUGAGAUGCCUCUUUGAGGAUUAUUUUGAAGAUGCUAGGCACUUUAGCACAAGAAUAAUGCUAAAACCUCUUGAUGAUCCUCAUGUGGAUUUAGUUGCAACAGUUUCAGGUCCAUUAGAUAACAAGCCUGAGGAGAAGAUUGUAGGAAAUGCAUUAUUCCGUUGGCAAAGUGAUGUUCAAGAUCCUAAUACAUUCAUGGACCUUUUCGUAUCAAACUCUGACCCGACUUUACUGAUGAGGUCAUGUGCUUACUACCCUAAAUAUGGUUUUGGAGCGUUUGGGUUAUUUCCGUUGCUUUUAAAGAAGAGAGUUUCUUCUGAAGAUUAUGGUGUCAUGGGUUUGAGAUAUGGUUUAUCAAAUUUGUCCAUUGGAGCUACUUUAAUGCCUUUCUAUGUGGGAGAUGAAUUUCCAAGAAGUGCAUGGCUGAUAAGCAAGAUUGGAAGGUUAACUGCUGGGGUGCAGUAUGAACCACACUUUGGAAGCAAGGAUGGCAUAUCAAGAUUUAGAAAUAUGGCGAAUUGGAGCUGUGCAGUUGGGUAUGGCGUUGGAUCAGACAGUCCUUUGAGCCCAUCCUUCAAUUUUUCUCUAGAACUUGCUAAAAGUUCCCAGUUCAUUGCUUCAUUCUAUCAACAUGUGGUUGUCCAAAGACGGGUUAAGAAUCCUUUUGAAGAAGAUGAAAUCGUUGGUAUUACGAACUAUAUCGACUUUGGUUUUGAGUUACAGACAAGGAUUGACGAUGUUGAUCAGACAAAAAACAUACAAGAUUCCACUUUCCAAGUUGCUGCAUCGUGGCAAGCCAAUAAGAAUUUCUUAGUAAAGGGAAAAUUGGGGCCUCUCAGCUCGUCGGUAGCCUUAGCAUUCAAGUCAUGGUGGAAACCUUCUUUCACCUUUAGCAUCUCAGCUGUUAGAGACCGUAUUGCUGGGGCAACAAGUCUUGGGUUCGGUAUACAAGUCGAUAACCUAAGAGAAGCCAGUUAUCAAAGAGCUGAUCCAAAUUUCGUAAUGCUAACACCAAACAAAGAACAUUUAGCUGAAGGAAUUCAAUGGAAGAUUGGGAAAAGACCCUUGUUGCAAUCUGAUGUAAAUUCUGGAAAUUUUGAAGGCAUUCCUAAAGAACUCAGACCUCUUGGCAGAAUUUUAUAAUUUCGAAGCCGCGUUUAUUUGUUUU